AAAAACAGAGCAUUCAUUGAUGAUGGCAACACAAAUCUUCCUAAGUUGACUUGUCUUCAUCUUCAAUCUCCCUUCAACUUCACUUCUCUCUCUCUUUCUCUCUCUCUCUCUCUCUCUCUCUCUCUCUCCAGCGCCAAUCAUGCCGGCGUCGACGGCUCCCGGCAGGCGAAGCCUCCCUCCUCUGUUCCUGCUCUGUUUCCUCUGCCUCUUCUGCUCUGUCGCCGUUGCCGACGAGCUCCAAAUACUCCUGAACCUCACCGCCACGCUCCGGACUCCAAACUCAAACCUGUUCUCCUCGUGGACGCCAAACAACCCGCCGUGCCGAUUCGCAGGCAUCGCCUGCGACGUCAAUGGGUCGGUCACGGCAAUCGACCUCUCAAACCAGCAGCUGACAGGCGUGCUCCCCCUGGGAUCGCUCUGCGAGCUCAAGAACUUGGAGAGGCUAGCGCUAGGAUUCAACUCCUUGCACGGAACGCCGACGGGCGAUUUGAAUGGUUGCGUCAAGCUACGGUACCUGGACCUCGGAAACAAUGACUUCUCAGGAUCGGUCCAGGACCUCUCGUCUCUUCAUGAACUGCGUUAUCUGUACUUGAACAGGAGCGGGUUUUCCGGGGCUUUCCCGUGGAGUUCCCUCAAGAACAUGACGGAUUUGAUUGUCUUGAGCGUCGGAGACAAUUCCUUUGAUAGGACUCCUUUCCCUGAAGAAAUAGGAAGCCUUUUGAAGUUGAAUGAGCUUUACAUGUCGAAUUGCAGCAUCGAAGGGCGAAUCUCGCCCGUUAUCGGGAAUCUCAUUGAGCUUGGAAGCUUAGAGCUUUCAAUCAACCAUUUGACCGGUGAAAUACCUAAAGAGAUUGGAAAUUUGGUGAAUCUCUGGCGACUUGAGCUCUAUGACAACAGUUUGACCGGAAAUUUCCCCGUCGGAUUCAGAAACCUCACAAAACUUGAGUACCUUGAUGCAUCGAUAAACUAUCUCGAGGGCGAUCUGUCUGAACUGAGAUUCUUGACAAACAUAGUCUCUUUGCAGCUACUUCAGAAUCAGCUCUCUGGGGAGGUACCAAUUGAGUUUGGCGAGUUCCAGAGGCUCGUCAAUCUGUCCCUCUACACGAAUAUGCUCCAUGGUUCUCUGCCCCAGAAGCUUGGCUCAUGGGCGCAGUUCGAUUACAUAGAUGUCUCGGAGAAUUUCUUGACGGGUACGAUCCCGCCAGAUAUGUGCAAGCAGGGGACGAUGAGGGAGCUUCUCAUUCUUCAGAACAGCUUCUCCGGUGAAAUCCCAGGGGCUUACGCGAAUUGCUCGAGUUUGACGCGCUUUCGGGUCAGUAACAACAGUCUCUCAGGUGUUGUUCCUGCUGGUAUAUGGGGACUGCCGAAUGUGGACAUGAUUGACAUCUCUUUGAACCAGCUUGAAGGGCCAAUCACCUCUGAUAUUAAGAAUGCCAAGGCACUGACUCAGUUACUAGUCGGAAAUAAUCACUUGUCGGGUAAGUUGCCAGAGGAGGUUACGGAAGCUGAAUUGCUGUUUAAAAUCGACUUGAGUUACAAUAAAUUCUCUGGGGAAAUCCCAGAGAGUAUCAGCAAUUUGAAAAGUUUGGGCAGCUUCUAUGUGCAGUAUAAUAUGCUGUCUGGUGCCAUACCCGAGUCACUGAGCUCGUGUGUUUCCCUUAGCAACCUUAACAUGGCUCACAAUUCACUGUCCGGUGAAAUACCGUCGUCUCUUGGAUCUUUGCCGACUCUGAACUCUCUGAAUUUGUCCUAUAAUGAACUCUUGGGACCGAUUCCGGCUAGUUUAUCUUCCCUAAGGCUAAGCCUUCUUGAUCUCUCCAACAACCGUUUGACCGGCCCUAUCCCACAGUCUCUCUCGCUUGAAGCAGACAAUGGAAGCUUUUCCGGAAAUCCUGGCCUAUGCACCACCGCUGCAAGGAUCAAAUCCUUCAAGCAAUGUUCGUCUCAUCCAGGCUCAUCGAAGAUCAUCCGAACCGUCGUAAUUUGCUUCCUUGUAGCUUCAGUGCUACUUCUGACCUCCCUGGCAUGCUUUCUUUUCAUCAAGAACAGAGAAAAGAAUGGAGACAGCAAGUCAAGAGAAGAGUCCUGGGAAGUGAAGUCGUUCCACACGUUAACCUUCACAGAGGACGAGAUUCUCGAAACCAUAAAGCACGAGAACAUCAUUGGGAAAGGGGGUUCGGGCAACGUGUACAAGGCGAAACUCCCUAGUGGCCGAGAACUCGCUGUGAAGCACAUCCCGACGGCGGAUUCUAGUACCCAUGGAAGGAGCCUCAGUACUAGCCCAAUGCUAGGUAAGGGCUGCAAAAGAUCCCGAGAAUUCGAAUCCGAGGUCCGUGCAUUGAGCUCGAUUAGGCACGUCAACGUGGUGAAGCUGUACUGCAGUAUCACGAGUGAAGACUCGAGCCUGCUUGUUUACGAGUAUCUCCCCAAUGGCAGCCUGUGGGACAGGCUCCACUCAUCCGGGAAGUUGGAGCUGGACUGGAAGACGCGGUACUGGAUCGCGGUCGGGGCGGCCAAGGGAUUAGAGUAUCUGCAUCACGGGUGCGAGAGGCCCAUGAUCCACCGGGACGUGAAGUCGAGUAACAUCUUGCUGGAUGAGUUCAUGAAGCCUCAGAUUGCAGAUUUCGGGCUUGCCAAAAUCCUUCAAGCUGGUCGCGGCGGCAAAGACUCCACACAGGUCAUAGCAGGAACACCAGGUUAUAUUGCCCCUGAGUAUGGAUACACGUCCAGGAUCAGUGAGAAGAGCGAUGUCUAUAGUUUUGGGGUGGUCCUGAUGGAGCUCGUGACGGGGAAGAGGCCGAUAGAGCCAGGGUACGGGGAGAACAUGGACAUCGUGAGCUGGAUCUCGAGCAACUUGAAGUGUAGAGAGAGCGUGAUGCGCCUGGUGGACUCGAGGAUCACGCAAGAUCACACGCGAGAGCAGGCCAUCAAGGUGUUGAGGAUCGCGGUUCUGUGCACGGAGAGGCUUCCUUCACUGAGACCCACCAUGAGAAGCGUGGUUCAGAUGCUGGAGGACGCCGAACCAUGCGGACCGGUCGACAUUGUCAUCGAGAAAGCCGGCAAGUCAGGUGUGGAGGGCGGGAAAAGCUGAGCAGGAUGUGCAACUAAAUAGGGGGAAUGGGGUAUUAGCCGAUGCCGAUGCCUGAUGUCGUCGACGGAGCAAGACAUCGAAGGCCCGGGAUGAAGGGCGAGCGCUCCGCAUCACUAGCCCUCCGGGAGCACCCGAUGCUCCGGAACCCAAACAUUUUGGGAUGGAAUGUUAAGGACCGGACAAACGAAGAGAAACUCUGGUGCAGGAGCAUUUUUAGAUUGUGUAGUAUGGGAAACUUAAUGUAAAUGUGGAUAUAGUUAGUUGUAUCGGAAGCCUAACGUAAAUUCUACUUUAAUGUAAGUGCUUUGGCGAUUGCGUUUGUCUGUGUUAACUUUCAUGGACGACAACACUCACCUGAAGAAAAUGUGGCGGAAGAUGUUGAUGCGGAUUGCGGAGUAAUGAAAGCCUCCGUUCAUA